UAUCUAAUGCCCAUUUUAUCAAAAGAAAAAAGAAAAUCUAUAUCCACGCGUAUAAGAUUCGUGGAUUAAUUUGGUCCGAAGGUGUAAAGGUUCAUCUUCUGAAUGGGUUGUUGUUGUGAUGAAGACGACGGUGACAUUCUCCGCCAUCUCAUGAAUUCUUCUUCAUCCACCUCAUCCCCACCACCACCACCUCCUCCCACUUCAACAAUAAUCUCACCAAUGAAUUCUCAUUUCUCCGCUUUAUCCUCCACCGAUACUCUCCAAAUUAUCUUCCAGAACCUUCCCAUCCCCGAUCUCGCACGUGCGAGCUGCGUGUGCCGUGUCUGGAACUCGGUUGCCUCACAAAGAGACCUGGUAACCAGAGCUUUCUUAGCACCGUGGAAAUUGAAGGACGUAGUUGGAAACCCGAUUUCUAGAAGCUUCUGGAGAGAUAAUUCGCUUGCCAAAUUUGCAAUCUCGCAUCGUAUUGUGCGUGGGGAUAGUGUUGCUAGUCUCGCCGUUAAGUACUCCGUUCAGGUGAUGGACAUAAAACGAUUGAACAACAUGAUGAGCGAUCAUGGUAUAUACUCAAGGGAAAGGUUAUUAAUUCCUAUUAGUAAUCCUAAUAUUCUUGUUAAAAGAACUUGCUUUAUUGAGCUGGAUGACAAUGCAAAACGAGAAGUUGCAGUGUUGUAUCCGGAUGAUGUACCUGACAUAAAGAGUAGCUAUGUAUCAAACAGAAUAUCCUCAGAAGAAAGCAACAAAAAGGUGCUUGAUUCCUUGAAGAGAAGCAUGCAAGUUGAUAGUGAAACUGCUCAAUACUACUGGUCUGUUUCAAAUGGCGAUCCUCGAGCUGCUCUUGCUGAGUUUUCUGCAGACCUUCAGUGGGGUAGGCAAGUAGGUCACUCCUAGUCUUUGGAAGGUUAAUUCAAUUUCAACCCUUGUUUGGAAUAAUCAAGAGGUUUGGUUAUAUGCAAAUGGAUGAUAAUUGAUAAUAAGUAAUCAUGUUGGGUAAGGCAGGCAAGUCUCUACUUUAAAUCCACUAUUAUCUAGCUCCUCUCCAUCGGAGACUUGAGACUGGAGUAAGUAAUUUCUUGUUAUGGGAUAUAUAUAGUUCAACUACUAAUGUGGUGAGAUGUGUUCAGAAUUUGUGUGACAUGUAAUUGUUUUCAAGUAUAUUUAUACAAGAAGACAAUGUAUUAUUGUUAAAGCUGCAAUUGAAACUGUAUGUUUAGUAGAAUCAAAACAUAAAUAUUUGAUUUAGUUCACACUUUACACUUCUGAGCAUCUUUAUUUUUAGCACUACAGAUCAGAAUUAAUACCAAGAAUAAACUGUUCAAAAAAGCAAUGGAUACGAUGGCACAUUAUCAAUU